AUGACUUCUUUGCAGAUGGUAAUGCCUAAUGGAACUUCUGCAGACGGGUUUGACUCCAUAUACAUCACUCCAAUAUCAUACUUUCAAUACCUCCCAAAUAAUAAAUUGUAUGAUAUGUGUGGGUAUGUCUUAGACAUCAGUGGAGUCGAGAAGUCAAAAGAUGCAACCGACAAAAGACACGUCUUAGUCGUUGAUUGGACUUGCCACACUGUCUUAAUAAAGUUUAAAGCAAUUGACAUGAAAAUUGUUGAAUCGCUCAAGAAAGGUAAAAUUUAUGUGUUUGAAGGAGUUCAGUUAAAACAGAAAAAACACAAGGAAAUGGUGUGGAUGAGUGGUGUGUCAAAACUUAUUGAUGAAGACUCCAAGAACUAUAAAGAAGUUAAAAUGACAAAAAGAGUUGUAGAAACCAAUAGUAAAUCAAAUGAAGGUUUUGACCUGUCACAAGAUAAGCUUGCUUACUUAGAAAAAGGUGGAAUAAAUUGGAAUUUGUAUUGA